AAACAUUUUUUCUAUUAUGUUAAUAGUUAAAAAUUAAAUAGUAAUAAGUAGUGAAAAGUUAUUAAAUAAAUAGUAAUAUUUAAUAAUUAAUUCCUCCACAUGUAUCAAUGAGUCGGAAUAACGGAUACAUAUCUUAAAAUCCAAAGAAUGCCCAUUUUACUAACAGUUGGUCUCGCUUUGUUUGCAUCGCUAAUAUUGCCCACGUUGAUUUCAUGGCUUGAUUAUGUGAAUCUUUUUUUCUUUGUUGUUAUUAACAUGCACCAAAAUGAAGAAGCAUAACAUUAUACUACUGGUCAUCUUGUUCGCAAUCAAGGUUUUCUUGUUGAUGCCAAUGAUAGGCUUGUCUCUGAUAACCCUUAAGGCCUUUUUCUUCAGCAAGUUAGCCCUGUUGUCCGGCGUUGUCAUAGCGUUCCAAAAAUUCAUCAAUAAUAAUAAUGAUAGUGCCAGCGGCAGUUUUUUUAACAAGGAUUCGCAGUACUUGUACAACAACGAUGAUGCCACGGACUGGAUACCCAAUAAUUCAAACCAAGUUACCUUCGAAAACAAAGAAAGAGUGACUACGUAUGACUACGCGAGGGCGAACGAUAACUAUGAUGCCCACGAUCUGGCAUAUGCCAACUACGCAAGGAGCCACAAAAAUGCUAAUUAAGUGCAACUCUUCAUUCGAUCCUCCGUGCCGAGCUGCCGGCAAGAAGAGGAAGUCGGAAGGACCUGCGAAUAUCCGACAGCCAUACGCCGCGAAGCAGAAAAGCUCCUCGGCUUUGGAAGCCAUUGGACCCACCUACGACUGUUAGAUUAGUAUCUAUUAUUACACGUAUGUAAUUUAUCGAAUUAUAGAAAAGUAUUAACUAUUGAGAACGAAAGUAAAAUAAAAGUGUUUAAU